GUGCCAACGGACCGGGUGGAGGGGGUGCGCCUCUGCGGGACGGUCGCGGAGCCUGCCGUCGCGACGGCCGAAGUUCGGCCAAGCGCUGCGGAAGCCCUUUUGGCUGUCUGGCAUCUCGGCCGCGCGGCUCCCAGACCCAGAGGCGGUGGGGACCAGAGUGGGCGCCACGAGCGGCAGCGCGCCGCCUCCCCCCCCAGUGGGAGCGGUGGUUGGGCCCGGCUGCAGCAGAAGGUUCGCUCGGAGAUGGCGGAGCCGCCGCUACGCGGCCGGAGGCCCCGAGAACAGGGAAGCCGGGCAGCCCCGGGACGCGGCGGAGCCCGGGGACAGCGGGGACGCCGCCUAGUCCGCCGGGUAUGAAGCUAAAAUGCACUGCUUAAGAGCACGGGUCUAUGGAGAUUGACAGGCCUGACUUUGAAACCCAGUUCCUCCACUGACUGAGCUGUGUGAUCCUGGGCAAGUUACUAUGCUUCUCUGGACCUCAAAUUACUCAUAAGUGAAAUGGGGGUAAUAAUAGUAUUUACCUCUUACCUACCUCUAAGGGCUGGUGUGAGCAUUAAAUGUCUGGAAUGUUCUUUGAAGAAAGUCUGCCAAAGAGAGUUUUGGUGGAGAACGAAUCAUCCUGUGAACAGGAGAUAGUGAGGGACGAGAUUGUGAACUUUGCUGAAAUCUGAUGUGAGGAGCUCAGCCAGGACUGAGGGUGGAACCUGGCUAGAUUUGCAUCCUGAAGCCAUGGGGCCAUGGUAACCUGAGACCAAUGGACUCUGCCCAGUUGCCCCCUGUUGCCCCUUUUUCCUCCUCUACCCUGUAAUUAGGGUACUUGUCUACACCUCUUCAGGGAACUGUGAGGGAAUCCCUUUCCUCUAUUUUCCUAUCUUUCCACCCUCCCAAGUGAACCCCAGCCUAUAGAACUCCUCCUCCUGUCCCCUGAGGUGGUCCCCAUCCCUGCCUGCCCCCCUGCCCCCCCCCCCGCCAUGCUCAAGCUGUGGAAGGUGGUACGCCCAGCCCGGCAGCUGGAACUGCACCGCCUCAUACUGCUGCUGCUUGCUUUCAGUCUGGGCUCCAUGGGCUUCCUGGCUUACUAUGUAUCCACAAGCCCCAAGGCUAAGGAACCCUUGCCCUUGCCUUUGGGAGACUGCAGCAGUGGUGGGGCAGCUGGCCCUGGCCCUGUAUGGCCUCCAGUCCCACCCCGGCUCCCAAGGCCUCCAGAGACAUCUCGAACUGAACCUGUGGUCCUUGUGUUUGUGGAGAGUGCAUACUCACAGCUGGGGCAGGAGAUUGUGGCCAUCUUGGAGUCUAGUCGUUUUCGUUAUAGCACUGAGUUGGCACCUGGCCGAGGGGACAUGCCUACACUAACUGAUCAUACUCGUGGUCGCUAUGUCUUGAUCAUUUAUGAGAACCUGCUUAAGUAUGUCAACCUGGAUGCUUGGAGUCGGGAACUGCUGGAUCGGUACUGUGUGGAAUAUGGUGUAGGCAUCAUUGGCUUUUUCCGGGCCCAUGAGCAUAGCCUACUGAGUGCCCAGCUCAAGGGCUUUCCCCUUUUUCUACACUCAAACUUGGGGCUCCGGGACUACCAAGUGAAUCCUUCUGCCCCGCUCCUGCAUCUCACACGCCCCAGCCGCCUGGAACCUGGGCCUCUGCCUGGUGAUGACUGGACCAUCUUCCAAUCCAAUCACAGCACAUAUGAACCAGUGCUCCUUGCCAGCCUUCGGCCAGCUGAGUCCCCUGUACCAGGACCAGUGCCUCACCGGGCCCGGCUUCCCACUGUGGUACAGGACCUGGGGCUUCAUGAUGGCAUCCAGCGGGUGCUCUUUGGCCAUGGCCUUGCCUUCUGGCUCCACAAACUUGUUUUCGUUGAUGCUGUGGCAUACCUCACUGGCAAGCGCCUCUGCCUCGACCUUGACCGCUAUAUCUUGGUAGACAUUGAUGACAUCUUUGUGGGCAAGGAAGGUACCCGCAUGAAGGUGGCUGAUGUUGAGGCUCUGUUGACCACCCAGAACAAACUCAGGACAUUAGUCCCCAAUUUCACCUUCAACUUGGGCUUCUCGGGCAAGUUCUAUCAUACUGGGACAGAGGAGGAGGACGCAGGGGACGACAUGCUGCUGAAACACCGCAAAGAGUUCUGGUGGUUCCCCCACAUGUGGAGCCACAUGCAGCCACACCUGUUCCACAAUCGCUCUGUGCUGGCUGACCAGAUGAGGCUCAACAAACAGUUUGCUCUGGAGCAUGGGAUUCCCACGGAUCUGGGGUAUGCUGUGGCCCCCCACCACUCGGGCGUGUACCCCAUCCACACGCAGCUCUAUGAGGCCUGGAAAUCUGUGUGGGGCAUCCAGGUGACCAGCACCGAGGAGUAUCCCCAUCUCCGGCCUGCCCGCUACCGCCGUGGCUUCAUUCACAAUGGCAUUAUGGUGCUGCCACGGCAGACCUGUGGCCUCUUCACUCACACAAUCUUCUAUAAUGAGUAUCCUGGAGGCUCUCGUGAACUAGACCGGAGCAUCCGAGGUGGAGAGCUCUUUCUGACAGUGCUUCUUAAUCCGAUCAGCAUUUUUAUGACCCAUCUGUCCAAUUAUGGAAAUGAUCGGCUUGGCCUGUACACCUUUGAGAGCCUGGUGCGCUUCCUCCAGUGCUGGACACGGCUGCGCCUUCAGACCCUUCCUCCUGUUCCUCUUGCACGAAAAUACUUUGAACUCUUCCCUCAAGAGCAAAGCCCCCUUUGGCAGAAUCCAUGCGAUGACAAGAGGCACAAAGAUAUCUGGUCCAAGGAGAAAACCUGUGAUCGACUCCCCAAAUUCCUCAUUGUGGGACCCCAAAAGACAGGGACCACAGCUAUUCACUUCUUCCUGAAUCUGCACCCAGCUGUGACUAGCAGUUUCCCUAGCCCCAGCACCUUUGAGGAGAUUCAGUUCUUCAGUGGCCCUAAUUACCACAAGGGCAUUGACUGGUAUAUGGACUUCUUCCCUGUCCCUUCUAAUGCCAGCACUGACUUCCUAUUUGAAAAAAGUGCCACCUACUUUGACUCAGAGAUUGUACCACGGCGGGGUGCUGCCCUUCUGCCACGAGCCAAGAUCAUCAUUGUGCUCACCAACCCUGCUGACAGGGCCUACUCCUGGUACCAGCACCAGCGAGCACAUGGAGACCCAGUUGCUCUGAACUAUACCUUCUACCAGGUGAUCUCAGCCUCCUCCCAGGCCCCUCUGACACUUCACUCCCUGCAGAACCGCUGUCUUGUCCCUGGAUACUAUUCCACCCAUCUACAACGCUGGCUGAAUUACUACCCCUCUGGACAGUUGCUGAUUGUGGAUGGGCAAGAGCUGCGUACCAACCCAGCUGCCUCAAUGGAGAGCAUCCAGAAGUUCCUGGGUAUCACACCCUUUCUGAACUACACACGGACCCUCAGCAGGUUUGAUGAAGAUAAGGGAUUCUGGUGCCAGGGACUUGAAGGUGGUAAGACUCGCUGUCUAGGCAAGAGCAAAGGCCGGAGGUACCCAGAUAUGGAUACUGACUCCCGCCUUUUUCUUAUGGAUUUUUUCCGGAACCACAAUUUGGAGCUCUCAAAGUUGCUGAGCCGGCUUGGACAGCCAGUGCCCUCAUGGCUUCAGGAAGAAUUGCAGCAUUCCAGUCUGGGCUGAUGUACCAACAUCUCAUACCAGCAAAAGCCCCCUGCCUCCCUAAGGGGCAAGCCCAGAGCAGGGCCCACAGGGGGCUUAGUGGCCUGGCCCCUUCCUCUUCUACCUCAGUGGCCCCCAGGCCUGGGAUGGCUGAGAAGGGAAGGGCAUCCCUAUCCCAUAGUUCUGGGGUCUUAAUAAAGGGGCUUCCCUUGACACCCCACAUCAUGGUACUAGGCACCUUUGAUCCAUGGUCUUGGAAGGUGGGGAGAAAUAAGAAGGUUCAGGCAGGGUAUAGAGGAAUGUAUUAAUCCAGUAACUUCCCUCUUCAUCCCCAGGAGUGUAUCUAUCUGUACCUGGCUAUGGGAGGGACCACUUACUGUUGGAUCAAUGGGAUCUACCUGUGGCUUGGCCUCCCUAAUGUCAUUCACAUUGAAUGGGGAUGAGGUCGGAUGGUGGCUCAUUGAGCUGAGUAUGAGCCCUCCUAGCUGUGGGCUAGAAAAGUCCUGAAUAAACAUCCUUAUUUUUC